CCCUGUUGUGGUAUAAAAAUGGGUGACACUGGUGGGUUCAUCAGACUCUUCCGAUCCACGGAAAUAUCAGCAUCAACUUCCCAGCGACAAAGACGACCCAACCGACAGCAGACAGAAUGGCUCUCGUGUUCUCCCCGUUUCACCCGAGCAGGCACUGCAGCCGAGCCGUUCGGCCUCGCGGCUUCCCGGGACUGGCUCAUGACGUUCCACUCUCCGUCAUGGAACACCAGAUGGACGCCGCUCUCCAAGAUGGACUGCUCUUCCUCAACCAGCUCCUCAGCCCUUCACAGUGCCCAUGUCGGCCACCGACACAGCAGAACAAGGACGCUGAGAAGACGGUCGAUGAAGGAAAGAAGGAAACGAAGAACGAAGCAACUCCGCCCGAGAAGUACGAGGUGUCGCUCGACGUGACAGGAUUCUCCCCUGACGAGAUCAGCGUCAAAACGGUCGGCAACAAAGUCCGAGUCCAGGGCAAGCACGAAGCGCGCCACGCCGACCAGACCGGCCAUAGCUUCCGCUAUCAGGAGCUGAGGAGGGAGUUUGUGCUGCCCGAGGGGGUGGACCCCGCCACCGUGACGUCCAUGCUGUCCAAGGACGGAGUGCUGAGUAUCCAGGCACCGAGGAUGGCCAUCGAGGCGGCGCCUGCCGAGAAGGUUGUACCUGUCCAGUCUGCAGAGGUGCCGGCAGUAGAGAAUGGUACCGAGGACACUGGUAGUGCAGAGGGCGAUGAUGAGAUGGCACAGUGAGACAAUGCGUCGUUCUGAAAUUGUAGGACUCUGAAGCACCACGGCUUCCAUAUUUAGUCGCUAAUAUUCUAUAAUAUUUAUCAACGUACAACAUCGAUGUUUACUAAAAAUGGGUACAUGUAUCAAUUUGAUUAUAUCAUGUUAUUCAGUAAAACUAUAUUAUACAUGCCAUAAUAGCGGCGUCUUUAAAUGAAAUGUAAUGCAGGACAUUGCAAGACGCGAAUUGUCAUUUGCUGCAGAAAUUUAGAGGGACGUUUCCCUGUGCUAACGGUGGACAAAUAUAUCUUAUGUAUUAGAAGUAUGGAUGCGGAAUAAAGUGUAUUUUUCUGUCAAUUGCA